AUGACACAACCACCUCCCAAGCGCAGACGGGUCUGGCGGAACGACCAUACAUCUCGAUUUUUCCUCGACAAUAGUCAUAGGCGACCCAUCGCACGGGCUGAAAUGGAACAAUCGACAACUUUGGUUGAGUCUCGCACAGCAAGUUUCUCUGAUACCAAAGAUGCAAGGCAGACCAUGUCGGCUUCGUUUGAUAUGUUAAGUGUAGAACCUCGGACCACGAGCAUUCAGUCGAAAACUAGUACACAGGCUAGUUCACUUACCAGUUCUCAUGCGCAAAGUUCCGGGUCUAUUGUACACAGUCACACGUCUACAUCAGAACCUAUCGAACAUACGACGACUGCGCCAGUCGAUCUCCCUGAAAGCACACCAGCACCGACCGAAAACAGAUUCGAGUCCUCGCUGGAUAAACCCCUUCAACUUCAGGUUGAGCCUACAGCAUCGCUACAGAGGACUACUUUCUUCGUUCCUGUGACCUUUUCGCUGCCAAGUUCAUCGUUGAGUGCUGUUGGAUUAUCCUCUCUGGCUACUUCGAGUGCAUUACUUGGAUCGUCAAGUACUACGGUGCACCAGUCAACAACCUGGACACGACCGAUUCCAAGCCCGACUUAUAGUCACUCAGCGAGUGCUACGCCAAUCAACACUGUCCAGACAUCGCCCUCCCACCCGCAUAUAUCUCCAGCAUUGAUUGCAUUCAUGGUCAUUGGAGGAACGUGUGCUUUGGGCCUAUCGCUUUAUGUAUUUCGACGCGUGCGCUACAAGGCCCUGCAUGUCUCGCGAAGCCAAUUUCAACUUGCUUCUUCAAACGGGCACGACGGAUCCACCGAUGUUUCAGGAAGCGAAUCGAACAACUCUUUUGUAAGUGGGGGACUGGGUCGACUGGGUCAAUCCAACAAACAGAAGAACGAGUAUCUGGAAGCGAGUGGAGAGAGCCCGCUCUGGGGAGGGCGCGAGAAAUUUAGUCCUCAGAUGGGCCAUGGCAUCGUAGAUUUCCCUCCCCCAGUACACUUGCACACGAAUAAGCGUUUGUCGAGCAACACUCGACGUCGUUCCGUAAUUGAUACCAUUCGUCGCAAUGUUCCCGGCCGUUUAUCUAGAUAUGGAGCAGGAUGGAAUGCGAUUCCUGAGCCACCUAUCGUACCUACGGUCAAGAUCACAGAUGUGGAUACGAAUCACCAUCGAGGGGCCUCCGGAAGUUCGUUUUCAGGAUCUCCUGACCCAGAUUUGGCCUCUAUUCAAGUUGCGUCUGUUACCCGCCCGUUGAGUGCAACUGCCAUUUAUCGUGCCAGCACGUCUCCAUUGCCUGGAACGACGCGUGGACUGGAACAUCCGCGUCCUGCGCCCAAGGUGCCCCCUAGGGCCCCUGCUCGUACAGCAGUUAAGGUUGAAACGCCCCCGCUAAUCCCACCAGUCCCCAAGCUCCCAGAUAUUUCUGGACUGCCUACGGGACAAAAAAAGCACACGGACGCAAAUAGCCGGGGGAAAAUAGAUGUUUCUGACAUAUCCAAACCUCUUCCCAUAAUACACGCCAAGUCUGAAACAGCCGUCGAAGGCACCCGGGCCGCUGGAGAAACCGAUCCAAUGGCGAUGUAUGCGAAGUAUUCUGUUGGCUUGGGUGUUCGUAACGAGUCGCCCGAAAUGAUUCGUCGUGAGACUUCGAUGGCUCAGAAAAUUGCUCAAAUCGCCAAUAGUAAUAGCAGCAGUCGUCCGACUAUUGCUCCCACAGGUUCCCAAUCAUCCUUGGCCAAACGGGAUACCCGAGCAUUGGCCGCUGCCGCUGGAGUCACAAGCCCUGAUCCAAGCGAGGAACGUGUGUUUUCAGGGAUAGCAUCUGCAAGCACCUCGUUGCCGAACCUGCCAGGAACCCCUGGAUUGGCUAACGUUGGAAAUGUGAUGCUACGCCCUUAUGGCCAAUCAGGCUCCAUGAUCCCCGCGUAUUUAGAGACACCUGCAAUUGGCCUAGAUGGUCGUUCGAGUUAUCUUUCGACGAAUCUGGGCCCGGAAGCAGAAUGGCGUAACCGCGUCAAAUCCAGUGCCGGCCCGCAAGGUGCGAUCAAUGGUGCCAAGGCCAUUAGCGAAAGCGAUAUCGCUACUCUAGCCCCAAGCGCAACGGACGAUUCUGAUCGCAGGACCAUUCUAUCUCAAUAUUCGCAGGACUUUGCCCCUUUAUCACAGCAGGCGCAUAUACACCAGAAUCCCGACUACCGGUCGCCCACUUACUCGAUAUAUAAUUAUUACGGCUCGAAUAGAACCAGUAGGAUGCCUAGCAUGGUUCGUGUUGUACGCGAGGAACCGGAAGUAGGAGGGGCACUAUAA